AUGCGGCUCCGCACCCAGCUCCUUCCCGGGAACCUCCGGCUCUGGCUCCAGCGCGGCCUGCGGAGGUUCCCGGACCAGCUCCAGCAGAAGAUCAUCUGCCCGGGGCCCGUGACCUGCCUGACGGCGUCUCCCGACGGCCUCUACAUCCUGGCGGGCAUCGCCGAGAGCAUCUACCUGUGGGAGGUCUCCAACGGGAACCUCUUGGCCAUCCUCAACCGGCACUACCAGGACCUCACCUGCCUCUGCUUCACUGACGACAGCAGCCACUUCUUGUCGGGAGCCAAGGACUGCCUGGCUCUGGUGUGGAACCUCUACAGCGUGUUGCAGACGGAGCCCUCGCAGAUCCCUGACCCUCGCCACGUGUGGUCCCGACACAGCCUCCCCAUCACCGACUUGUGCUGCGGCUUCGGAGGGCCCUUGGCGCGAGCAGCCACAGCCUCCCUUGACCAGACAGCCAAGCUGUGGGAAGUCUCCUCUGGAGAGCUCCUCCUUUCUGUCCUCUUCGACGUGGGGAUCAUGUCUGUGACUCUGGACCUCUCUGAGUAUCACAUGUUCUGCGGUGGCAUGGACGGCUCCAUCUUCCAGGUUGACCUCUGUGCCUGGCCAGUGCAAAGAGACCGGACCUUCCAGACGGAGCGGGAGAACGGGAAGCUCUUCAAAGGGCACAGGAACCAGGUGACGUGUCUGUCGGUCUCCACAGACGGCAGCCUCCUGCUUUCCGGCUCGCACGACGAAACAGUCCGGCUGUGGGACAUCCAGAGCAAGCAGUGCCUGAAGACCAUGAACCACAAAGGCCCGGUUACGAACGCGUUCAUCGUGCUGGCCCCGGCCAACAUGUUCAACCCGGACGGCAAGCCCAGCGUGCCGCUGCCCAAGUUCAGCAAGCACCUGCACGGCACCGAGAGCAGCGACGAGCAGGGCAACGAGGGGGUGACGCUGCGUCUCGGCCUCCACCAGCAGAGCUACCUGGAGAAGGCGGAGAGGAUGUACGCGCAGAUGCACUCGACGAGGGAAAAGAACCUGAUGGGAGACCAGGAGCAUCUGACACUCCAGGUGAGCGAGCUGGAGGAGGAGGUGAGCACCCUGCGGAAGAUCAACAAGAACCUGUUCGACUUCUCCUCGAUCCCUUCUGCCCGGCCGCCCUCGGGGACGCUGCUCGGUACCGCAGGGUCCAUCCAGCCCGCGGCUCCUCCCGCUGCUCCGCAGCGCCCGAGAAGCGGCUCGGAGCGGGGCUGA